CCGCAUUUAGGGCUUCCCUCUGUCAAAACACCUAUCUCUGAACUCUUCUCUCACUCUUCUCCAUUUUCUCUCUUACCCAAACCCUAACCACAACCCCAACAAUGGCUGAUCGCGGAGGAGAGCGUGGCGGAUUUGGGCGUGGGUUCGGCCGCGGUGGACGAGGGGACCGCGGUCGAGGGCGUGGCCGUGGCCGCGGUCGCGGAGGCAACCGCGCUGCGGAGGAAGAAAAGUGGGUUCCGGUUACCAAACUCGGCCGACUCGUCAAGGAUGGCAAGAUCCGUAGCCUUGAGCAGAUAUACCUUCACUCACUCCCCAUCAAGGAGUACCAGAUCAUCGAUACCCUAGUCGGACCCUCACUGAAAGACGAGGUGAUGAAGAUCAUGCCUGUCCAGAAACAGACUCGGGCCGGGCAGAGGACCAGGUUCAAGGCCUUCGUCGUCGUAGGAGACGGAAAUGGUCAUGUUGGACUCGGCGUGAAGUGCAGCAAAGAAGUGGCGACCGCGAUUCGUGGCGCAAUUAUUCUGGCGAAGCUGUCCGUGAUUCCGGUGAGGAGAGGGUAUUGGGGGAACAAGAUUGGGAAGCCACAUACGGUGCCGUGUAAGGUGACCGGGAAGUGUGGGUCCGUGACAGUGCGGAUGGUUCCGGCCCCGCGAGGAGCGGGAAUUGUGGCUGCGAGGGUGCCGAAGAAGGUGCUGCAGUUUGCUGGAAUUGAGGAUGUGUUCACCUCAUCUCGUGGGUCGACUAAGACCCUUGGCAAUUUCGUCAAGGCAACUUUUGACUGUCUGCUGAAGACUUAUGGUUUCCUCACUCCAGACUUCUGGAGGGAGACCCGAUUUACAAAGUCUCCAUUCCAAGAGCAUACGGAUCUGUUGGCGAAGCCCACAACCAAGAUAGUCUAUGUGGAAGAUGCCGCUGCUGCUGCUGCUGCUGAAAGAGUUGAUGCUUAAUCAAUCAGUUCAUUCUUCCCAAAAGAGUGCUGCUGAAAGAGUUGAUGCUUAAUCAAUCAGUUUAUUCUUCCUAAAAGAGUGCUGAGUAUGUUUUGUUAGGAUCUUCUGAUAUAUCACUAGUGGUUAAAAUUUUAUUCUCUAUUUUGAAGGACUUGUAUUUUUGGAUUUUGAUAUGUUAAGACGGAUAUCUUUGUUUUGAAUCAAAUAAUUUUAUGCUUGUUUGAUCA